GUGGGGCUGCCCUGUCUUCGCCUCCUUGGACCCAUGGGCAACAUCGUCUCCGGAGAGAGGAAGGACCUUGGAUUACUCCAGUGAGAGGGGUUUGGGCUCUGGACAAAGAGUUAAACAAAGGCUCAGAGAAGUUUAAUCGUGUGCCUGAGGUCACACAGCUGGCAGAUGAUGGAAUUUAACCCUCGUCUGUGCUGACUCUCAAUACAAGUCCUGAGACGCCAUGUUCUACCACCUCUAUCCUGGAUGUGACUGAUCUGAGCCCUCUGGACCCCCAAGGACUGUCUUUGCAGCCCAGGAGCAGCCACUGCCUCUGGGAAACCAGCCAGGCACCUUCUCCACCCAGGGCAUGGCCACCCGUGACGAUGUCCCCCCAGCCAGGGUUCUGGCUCCAGUGGCUGUGUACUGCGCGAGUGUCCCUCGGACCAGUGCUGGGUCCCGCACGCUCCCGCCUGGAAGCAUUGAUUCCAGUCUGCCGGCUCAUGGAGAAGCCUCCCUCCAGCCCACACCAAGUGUCCUGCUGAGCAAUGAGAAGCCGUCACAGCUCCUGAGUGGACAUGGGAACCCGGGUAGCCAAAAACUGGAUGCUCCUUUGAAAGGCUGGCAGGCCAGGAAUGGUCACUACAGGAACCUUGGGACCCUGUCUUUGGGGUCCCACUCCCUGGCAGAGUCGGAGGCCAGCAGUGUCGCCCGGGAUACCACCCAGAUCAAGGACAAACUCAAGAAAAGGAGGCUCUCGGAGGGCCUGGCAGCAUCUUCCCCAGCCUCUCUGGAUCCUGGGGGAGGCCCCAAAGGAGCUGCCUUGAGGAGCACCAUCCCCCGCGCCACUGCUCAGAGGCUGCUGAGGGUGCCAAGGCCAAUGCCUCCCAUCCAGAGCAUCCCCACCACCCCAGAGGCCAGCGGAGGCAAGGAGAAGGGCUUAGACCCCACAGGGAAUGUCCAGGGACCCCAGGAGUUGAGAGCUGGCCCCCAGGAGGUACAGAUCUGCCCCCAGUUCCUGCACUGCAAUGAUGACAACAUGCGGAAGUCGCUGGGGGGCCUGGUGGUCCCACCCAUCCCAAAGGUGGGUGGGCAGGUGGCAGCCUCGUCCCGCACUGCUGGCACCCUUCCCAGCUCCUGGCCUCCAGGUCAGGACGUGGCCACAGGCCUCAAGGCCCCCCGUACACGAUUGGUUCAUGAGAGCAGGCCUCAGGAGAGGAGCCCUGGAUCUCUGGGGCCCAAACCCUCAGCCCUGCCCACUGGAGACAGGCCCGCCACUGCUGAGAAGCCCGCCCUGCCCUCUUCCCAGUCUGCCCCUGUGCUGACAGCCAUUUCCUUUGGCCCUGCCAGAGGAGCCCGCCCCUGGCUGAAAGAAGAGGACCAGAAGGAAACCAGCACCAAGAUUCAAGUCACUAUCUCGAAGUCUGCCCAGGAGAAGAUGCGGCUGAAGCAGAUGAAGGAGAUGGAACUGUUUCGCAGGGCAGAGGAGCCAGAGAGAGGGCGGGAGCUUGCCCCUCUGGGCCUGGGUUCCCGGAGAACCAUUGUGAAGGAAGGCCUCCUUCCCCUCCGGGGCAGUGGGACCCUGUCUGUGCCCACUGGACUGAGGAGCCCACGCAGAGACGACGCCGGCACUGCUCUGAGGAGGAGGGCCAACCGGUCCUCACUACCUAGCAUCCCCGUCAGCAAGCGGGAGCCCUGCUUUGCCCGCCACGCUUCAGCUAACUCGUUACCUGCGGUGCUAACUUUGGGGUCUCCUGACUGGGAAGAGGAGGAGGAGGAGAUGGAUCUUAGAGCCUUUAAGGAGUUGAGGCCUUUCUCAAACCCGGAGCUGGGCUUGGUAGAUGCCCUGCAGUGCCUCAGCAGCAGUGACUGGCAGUUGAAGGAGAAGGGCCUGGCGAGCAUUCGGUGCCUGGCUGCCUGUCACACGGAGGUCCUUGCUGGGAGGCUGCAUGAGGUGUCCUUGGCAGUGACUGGGGAGGUCACCAAUCUCCGCUCCAAGGUGUCUCGCCUGGCCAUCAGCACCCUGGGAGACCUCUUUGGAGCCUUGAAGAAGAAUAUGGACCAGGAGGCUGAGGAGAUUGCCCGUUGCCUGCUCCAGAAGAUGGGGAACACCAGCGAGUUCAUCCAGAGAGCAGCCAACCGGUCCCUGGGGGCCAUGGUGGAGAACGUGACCCCUGCCCGCUCCCUUGUGGCCCUCACCUCUACAGGCGUCUACCAUCGAAACCCCUUAGUCCGGAAAUGCACCGCUGAGCACCUCUCAGCCGUCUUGGAGCAGAUCGGUGCUGAGAAGCUGCUCUCGGGCAGCAGGGACAGCAUAGACAUGCUGGUGCACAACCUGGUGAGGCUGGCCCAGGACUCCAACCAGGACACCAGGUUUUAUGGACGGAAAAUGGUGACUAUCUUGAUGGCGAAUGCAAAGUUCGAUGCAUUUCUAAAGCAGUCCCUCCCAUCACAUGACUUGCGGAAGGUCAUGGCGGCCAUUAAGCAGCGGGGAAUCGAAGAUAAUGAUGAACUUUCAUCUGCCAAAGGCCACAAGGUGUCUCGGAGUCUGGUGUGUGAGAAUGGGCUGCCCAUCAAGGAGGGGCUCAGCUCCAAUGGCUCCCGGCUGCUGGGGCUGCGGGCCUCCCUGCGAGGCGCUGGAGAGAUGGGGGAGCAGCUUCGAGAGCUGACUCGGCUGCUGGAGGCCAAGGACUGCAGGUCCCGGAUGGAGGGCGUGGCACGGCUCCUGCAGCACUGCAAAGCCAAGCCCCAGCUCAUCAGCUCCCACCUGGUGCAGGUCUUUGAUGCUUUCACCCCGAGGCUUCAGGACUCCAACAAGAAAGUGAACCAGUGGGCACUGGAGGCCUUCGCCAAGAUGAUCCCCCUCCUCAAAGAGGGCUUGCAGCCCCUGCUGCUCUCCAUCAUCAUUGCUGUUGCAGACAACCUCAACUCCAAGAACUCAGGGAUUCGCGCUGCUGCUGUGACCACACUGGAUGUGAUGAUCGAGAGCCUGGACAACCUCUGCCUCCUCCAAGUGUUUGCUGGACGGGUGCGUUUCCUGAGUGGCCGUGCAGUGCUGGACAUCACAGAACGCUUGUCAGUGCUGGUGGCCUCGGUUUACCCCCAGAAGCCUCAGGUGGUGGAGCGGCACAUCCUUCCCGUCCUCUGGUACUUCCUGAACAACAGGCUUGGGAAUGGCGUCCUGCCUGGGCACGGCCAGAGCCUCCGCACAAUGGUGUGCCGGCUGUCCUGCAGCCUCCAGGAGCAAAUGGGCCCCCGCCUGCAGGACUUGGCUGCUGGCCAGCCGGAGCCUGUCCUCAGAACGCUCCGGGAACUCUUAGAUGUGGAGUCCUUGGGAGGCAGCCACAAGGCCACCAACAGGGGUGGCCCCUGACAGCAAGAAAACUGGCAGCUCACGCCCCUUUCAGCUGGACUAAAGACACAUCCCAAAUGGACAGUUAUUGUUUUCUUAAUUUUGUUUUAUUUUUAUGAUGGGAAUCAUCUCCUCGUCUCCUUUUCCCCUUAGAGUUCCAGAUGUAUAUAGUAUAUUUUGCAGUAGCAAUAAAAGAG